GUUUUGCCUGUCUUUGAGUUUGACUGACAAGAUGGCAGAGUCACUUCGUAGACUGGUCAAAGCUGAGACAUACUCCUUGUUGCAAGAUAAACUGGAAAGAUGGAACAACGAUUACUUGGUAAACACUUGUGAUCAGAAUGUGGGUAAAUGUUCAGAGCUGAUUGAAAUGACAUCCCGACUACAGGGGGAGCUCUUCACAAUCCUCAACCUGUGCUGUGCAGAAGGAGGCAUGUAUGGAGGAUGCAGUUCUCUGAAGAAUCGUUUCCUGCCUUGGUUAGCCAGAGGGUUUGCAGCAUCUAACAAUGGCGUUACCGUGGAUACCAGUCUAUCCAUCAUGGCCGACGCUGCAGAGAAAGAGAGACAGAUGGCUGAAAUGCAGCAGAGUUACGAGAGACAGUUAGAUGAGGUGGAGCAGGAUCUAAAUACAUCCCGGGGUGUGGCAUCUGAUCUACAAGCUGAGCUAGAGAGUACUAGGUCAAGACUGGAUACAGAGCGCCGGAUGUCAGAAGGAGAGGCUCUGGUCAGCGAUGAGGUUACCAUUGGACUUAAAAACAGGAUUGCAGCCCUUGAAGAUGAGCUGCGUUUGUAUCGUGUCCGGGUAGGCACUGUCGAUGAUCAUGAACUUGAAGUGAGACGUCUCAAGGAUGACAUCAACCUUCUUAAAGAAGAAAAGUUUAUCCUGACUGGCAGGAGCGAGUAUUUGGCCCCCACACCUAGUCUCUCUACCAGCCUGAAGUCUCCACGCACCUCAGCAAGUAGUGACGUGGUCCAACGUGUCCGUCAAGCUAACCUAGUGACCCGAUUCAAUGAUCUGUUUGCUCAGAGUCGCAUGGAUGCUAUGGAUAUCUUACGCAAUCACUGUGAUGAUCAUGAACUGAAUCAGAAGAUCAUUUUCACCUGUGUCCAGGAAUGUUUCCAUGCUGCUAAGAUGGCUUUCCAUCGUUAUCGUAGCAAGGUACAGACCCUAUUGGCUGACACACACACUGGACUAGAACCACUCUCAGAGGCCGUUCAGAAUUACAUUAACAAGAAUGGAACCCUACUGGAUGUACAUACCAUAGUCGAGGAUGUAUUGUUGGCAAUGAACCGUCAUCCAUCUAUCUCGUUCCCUGCUGAGGUUGAUUUCCGUGUUUUGACUCUCUUCAUACGGGAGAUGGUCAAGGUUGCGUGGUCAAUGAGUGCUCUACCUUCUCCUCUGGACAUUACUGGGGCUAGGGAUGGAGAACUAUUUGAUGACCUCAAAUAUCGUCGAAGCUAUGACUCAGAAUACUCUGCUCCACUGGUCAGUCAUUAUAUCUGGCCAUCCUUGAUGGAUGUAGCUGGACGGGUCAUUCUUAAGGGUGAAGCAGUCACUCGCAGAGGUGGAUCAUUGGCAUCUCCAAGACGUAGCCGAAGUCCAUCAAGGGCUAGUAGCCCAUCCAGGGCCAGAUCUCCUAGUCCAAGACGUAACCUGAACAGUUCCUUCAGUACAACAUCAGGUUCUCGUCCGACCAGUGGCCUGUCAAUGAGGAGCACCUCUCCAAGACCUAGCAGUUCACUCUCUCUUUCACUCUCAAAUAUUUGAUGAUACACCCUGUAUUCCACAGCUAUUCAUGCUCAAUUUCUAAUUUUUUGAGAUACCCUGUACCUUGAUUGGUAUGUCCCAGCAGCUUUCUGCCACUCUUCAAUCAUUUUUUAGAGGUUCCAUUCUUGAAACAUCUUGUCAGCAGCUAAUUUAAACCUGGCACCUCAAAACCACCAAAGUGGGUGAGGGGAUGUUAAGUAGCAAUUCUCUAAGAGCAGAUUGUCACAGAAUAUGCAGAAAAAAUGUCCACAUUCAUUCCUUCAAAAGUUACUUUAAAAAAUGUAAAUUCUGAUCUCAAUGAUACAUAAAGAAAAAUGUGCACCAUCUCAACUUAUAACACCUAUAAUGAGCUACACCUGAUAUCACUGUGUGAUUUACCAGUAUUAUUGGUGGUUUUGUGAUGCCAGGCCACAUUUUUAUGAUACACCUUGUUCUAUCUCUCUUGCUUUCUCUUUUAUUAUGACAUGACCU